AAGAAAAGUAACAAAAUAAAAUAAAAUAAAAACAAAUUACAGGAAAAAUGAGAAGUUUUAUUGGUUCAGAAUAUUUACAUCCUGUCUUCAUAGAACAAACAUAAAAAAAAGGAAAACUCAUUGAUUUCCGAGGAAGGAAGGAAAGAUCACGAUCUUGGGUCUUUACACAAUACAUGUAGCCAAGUGCAAAUAUUCUCCAUUUUUAGCAUAUUUUACUCAUUUUUUGAUACAUUCAAAGACAUGGCCUUUUACAAGAGUUUAUGUGAGAUUAUGAAAGGGGACAUGAAACAUGUUGAACAAUUUAUUGCAGAAAAUCAACAAACAAUCAAUAAAGAAGACCCUGGAGGUAGAACAGCUUUACAUGUGGCUGUUAGUGUUGGAAAUGUUGACAUGGUAGAACUGUUGCUGCAAGGUGGAGCUGAUCUCAAUUUGGUGGAUAAAAUGUAUAGAGGAACACCUCUACAUGUGGCUUGUGGUGGUGGACAAAUCGAAAUGGUGGAGAUGUUGUUGAGGUCAGCACCUGACAUUAAUGUGGGGGAUAAGUAUGGUAACACACCACUUCAUGUAGCCUCUGAUGGCGAAAAAAUUGACAUAAUGGAGUUGUUGUUGAAGUCCAAACAUGAUGUCAAUGUAGCAAAUAUUUAUGGUGACACACCUCUACAUGCGGCCUGCCGUGACAAGCACAAUAGUGCAGUAAAAAUGUUCCUGCAAUUUAAACCUGAUGUGAAUGUGGUGAACAAAGAGGGUAACACACCUCUGCAUGUGGCCUGUUUAAGAGGACAUCAUGAUAUGGUAGAGAUGCUGUUAGCAUCUAAACCUGAUGUUAAGGCGAAGAACAAUGAUGGUAACACACCUCUGCACUUGGCCUGUUUAGGAGGACAUCACAACAUGGUAAAAAUGUUGUUAGCAUCUAAGCCUGCUGUUAGGGCAAAGAACAAUAAUGGUAACACACCUCUACAUUUGGCCUGUGGUGGUGGAUGCAGUGAUUUGGUUGAACUGUUGAUGAAGUCUAUCCCUGAUGUCAAUGCGCAGAAUAUGUUUGGCUACACACCUCUGCACAUGGCCUGUGGUAGUGGAAACACCGACACAGUAAAGUGGUUGACAACCUCCUCUAAGCCUGAUGUCAAUAUGGUGGAUGAAAAUGGUAAUACACCCCUACAUGUGACUUGCUGUGGUGGGCACAGUGACAUACUGAAAGUAUUAAUGCAGUUUAAAGCUGAUGUCAAUGCGAUGAAUAAAUAUGGUGAUACAGCCCUACAUGUGGCUUGUCGAGGUGGAUAUAGUGACACAGUUAGAGAGUUAAUACUUUCAGAACCUAAUGUUAAUCUAAUGAAUAAGUAUGGUCACACACCUCUACAUGUGGUCUGUCAUUGUGGACACAGUGAUACUGUACAGGUGUUUCUACAAUCUAGACCUAAUAUCAAUGUAGCAGACAAGCAAGGCAAUACACCUUUACAUCUGGUCUGUCACCAUGGAGAUAAUCUCAUAGCAAAGUGGUUAAUGGAGUUUAAACCUGAUAUCAAUGUGCUGACGAGUAAAGGUAACACUCCUUUACACCUGGCCUGUAGGGGUGGUCGCAUUGCUACAGUGGCGAUGUUGAUAAAGUUUACUUCUGAUGUCAAUGUGAUGAAUAAUGAUGGUAGCACACCUCUACAUCUGGCAGUUUUAGGGCAACACUAUGAUGUGGUGGCUUUGAUGCUCUCCCAGUUCUGCUCUGAACUUGGCUUGAGCAAGGAAGACAAAGUUCCUGGAAAAGUAGUGGAAUGCUUUCUAACAGAUCGAAGAAAAAAAGUUUAUGAAAACUACAGCAAUGUGACACCACUUGACAUCAUAAAAGAUCCAGAUUUUAAGAAGAAAAUAAAUGGAUUUUUCUCACCUGAGGAUAAAUGUGUGCUGUGUGGAGAUAAGCAGGUCACUGUGAAAUUCCUUCCAUGUGGACACAAAAGAACAUGUAAGGAAUGCUCUAAAAUUAGACUGAAAAAAUGUCCCCAGUGUCGACAACCAGUAACAACCAAAAAUGUAUUCGAUUAUCAAAAACUGGAGGAAAAGGACUUGCUAAAGAUAGCAAAAGUGUUACCAACUAAAUGGCAGCAAGUUGGUAUUUUCUUAAGAAUUGAAAAGGAUGUACUGGCAACAAUUGAGAAUAACUUUCCUAGUGAUCCCGAAGAACAGAGUUACCGAAUGUUAAAGAAGUGGUUUAAGGGUUGUAAAUCAUGUUGUCCCCUGAGAGAUGCUCUGGAAGAAGCUGAGUGUUUUCAAGCAAUUAAAUAUCUAUAUUCAAUUAAAAAGCUAAUUUGAUGUUAAUAUUGCUUACGAUUAUAUUGCAGCAGAAGUUUAUUUAUCAUUCGGCUGUUUUGCUUUAAAUACCCCCAACACCAGCUCAUACGUGUGUUUUCUACAAGUGGUCACAUGACCUGGUCACUUGAUGGUUGGGUUUUUCUGGGCUUUAUGCGGGCUAUCCAAUCCCAUCAGGUGAUAGACCAGCCUAGUGCAGGCAAAUUAUGUUUGUUCACUGGAGCCCACCUUCAGCUUUAAAAAGAAGAAUCUUUUCCGCUAUUCUUCUGUGAGGUGCAAUGCAUGAUUCAGUUCAGAUCUUGAUAUGGAGACAGGAGAGUUAUUCAGCAGAGAGCUUUGACAUACUGUUUGGUUCCAUCCAGAACACAUCAUCAAGUUCCAACUGCAUGAGGGACCAUCAUCAUCAUCAUCAUCAUCAUCGUUUAAACGUCCGCUUUCCAUGCUAGCAUGGGCUGGACGAUUUGACUGAGGACUGGUGAAACCGGAUGGCAACACCAGGCUCCAAUCUGAUUUGGCAGAGUUUCUACAGCUGGAUGCCCUUCCUAACGCCAACCACUCCGAGAGUGUAGUGGGUGCUUUUACGUGUCACCCGCACGAAGGCCAGUCAGGUGGUACUGGCAACGACCACGCUCAAAACGGUGUAUUUUAUGUACCAACAUAUAUAUUUUUUUCUGAAAAGUUCAUUCAAGAUGUUCCAUCUUUCAUUUAGGCAUUUGAAAAAAGUGUAGCAGUCAAUUACAACUUUUGUUGUUGUACCUGACUCAUUUGGAACCAGGAAAUUAUAAUGCUGCCAGGGCCAAAGUCACACUCAUCAACUUCUUAAGAUAUUUUAUUUUAAUUCAUGUAGUGGAGUAUCAAACAGAGAUUCACAUUGAAUUAAAAAUAAACUUUAAAACCUUUA